UACCCAACACACCGUCUUCAUAUAAGAUGUUGUUUCAAGUUUCAGACCUCAUCCCAGCAACGAUCUUUCUCAUCCAAGAAGCCUCCAUUGAAGGUCAUUGUCCCACUAAACAUAAACUAACUAACUCUUCCCUCCCAUUCUCCACCUCCACCACGGCUGCCACCGCCGCUACCGCCAUGCAAGCCUUCCAACCUCCUCCUUCUCCACCCCAUUUAAGGUACCCGCGAGAGGAAGACAUGCCGCAAGCGUUCCAGGACUUCCUCUCCUCUCUUCCUUCAGAAGAAGGCUGGAUCACCACCUCUCUCCGCUCAUACCAGGGCUUCUGGUUCUCCUCCUGGCUCUUGAAUGGCGUCCUCACUUGCCAAAACCACUUCCAAGCUCACCCCUCCGAUAUCCUCCUCGUCACCAGCCCGAAAUCCGGCACCACCUGGCUAAAGGCCAUCCUCUUCGCUCUUGUGAACCGUGCCAAGUACUCCGACUCCGGCUCACAACGACCCCACCCUCUCCUGACCCAAAACCCUCACGACCUCGUGCCCUCCUUGGAGUUCAAGGUGUAUCUUGAGCAAGAAAAUCCCAACCUUGCUGCUUUAGCGCCCCCGAGGCUAUUCGCCACCCACAUGCCUUAUUCCUCGCUUCCACAGUCGGUGAGGGACUCCAACUGCAAGCUGGUUUACCUGUGCAGGAACCCCAAGGACACCUUCGUCUCGCUGUGGCACUUCGUCAACAAGCUGAGGCCGGAAGAGAAGGGCCAGAUUCCAAUCCAGGAGUGCCUCGACAAGUUCUGUCGAGGGCUGAGCCCUUACGGGCCUUACUGGGACCAUUUGCUGGGUUACCACAAGGCGAGCUCGGAGAUGCCCGACAAGGUGCUGUUCGUGAAGUACGAGCAGAUGAAAGGGGACCCGCAUGUUCAAGUGAGGAGGUUGGCCGAUUUCUUGGGGUGUCCAUUCAGCGAAGAAGAACUGAGAGACGGGACGGUGGAGGGAAUACUGAGGAUGUGUAGCUUCGACAAUUUGAGCGCGUUGGAGGUGAACAAGAGCGGGAAGCUGUCGACCGGAGAAGAGAACAACUGGUACUUCAGGAGAGGCGAGGUCGGAGAUUGGGUGAACAACAUGAGCGCGGAGAUGGGGGAGAGGAUUGACGGCGUCAUGGAAGAGAAGUUGCAUGGCUCUGGCUUGAAGCUUUGAAGUUCGGUUAAACAGAAAAAGCAUCAGCAGGCCAUUGACGAAACUCUGUAUCUCUCAUGCUGUAGGAUGGAAGGUCCUCAGCGGCACUGUCAAUGGUGGGGCUUCGUCUCCAUAGAGAGAUGCUUCAACUUCAAGGUUGUGAUUCUAGUCUCCCUUAAGAGCUGUCUUCCUUCUCGCUGGGAGCUUAUGGAUUUUAACCUUCUGUUAUUCUUCUCAAUUCCUUUUUCCCUUUUAUGUUUUUGCUGUGUGAAGCUUCGGGGCAUAUGGCCUUCUAUAUGUGUUGUAGUUUAAU